AUGGUUCAAAAAAAUUAUGGUCCAUGCUCAGUGCAUAAUUGCAAUAACCAAAUAAACCGUUUUCGUCAAUUUACUCAAUUAGCGUGUGAAAAGGCUCAAAAAAAAGGAACUUACGAGUUAUAUGCUUACUUGAGAAUCGGCCAACAACUUUGUCAUACUCAUUAUAUGAGUAUAGUUGAAUGUGACCGUAACCAGAAGCCAAAGACUUUACUUCCUAUGGAAAUAGACAAUGAAAGUAUAAUAAUUGAUGAGCCAAUAGAGCCAAAAAACUACACAUUUGCUGAGCAAAUUACUAUGCUUACAAAAGUUUUAUAUGAGAAACGUGGUAAUAUAGAACUUGAUCCUAUCCUUUUUCAACAAAUGAUUGAAAGAGCUAAUCCACAUUUAAAAGGUCUUUUUGAUAGCUUGGUAAAAGCAUUAAUACCAAAUAACAGAUCUGAAUACAAUAAGAUAGAGGCAAGAAAAAUGAUCGUAAGUUUAUGUUACAUUAUGGCUGGAAUGCGAAAUAAGUUUGUUAAUGACUUUAAGUUAGAAAUUGGGCUAUACUUAUCGGCAUCAGGAGCAACACGUAUUGCAAUUGAUACAAUGAAUAGUAUUGGAUUCUCUGCUUGUUACCUAACGGUUAAUAAUUUUAAACGAAAACUUGCAAAUGAACAUCCACUAAAAAUUAGAAAGUUUCUUUCCGAAGAAAAUGAUCAUUUAUACAUUUAUAAUUUAGAUGACUAUCAUGAUAUACACGAAAAAAGACGACCAAAUACUGUAACUUUAUCUACUGUUAAACAUAUGGCUACUUGUAUUUGUAAGCAAGUUUCGGCUUGUGCAUCAAUACCUAUUGUUUUUAAUAAUACAUCAGUUCAUAAUCCAAAAAAUAUUGAUGCAAGCAAUAUUUGUUUUCGAUUAAUAAAUGAAUAUCACGGAAUAUUUGAUAUUGCUUAUAACAAUCGUAAAAAACAAUGGCUUACUCAUGGACGAUUAGAUAAUGAUACUUUUGAUCAAAUUGAGUUGCUUACAGUGCAUUGCUAUGAUGAUGCAAUUGCAGAACGUAAAGAAGAGCGUUCAAUGAAAGGAGUACGCCUAAUUGGACUUCAAGAAAGUAAUUUGCAUUCCAUGAAUGAUUAUAUAAGAGCGUUGAAAAUGAUUUUAGAUAUUGAUAAAGAUACUGAACACUUACGUAAUAAAGUUGCACCUUUAGUAGCUGACUGGCCUGGACAAUUAUUUAUUCGCAAAGCAAUAACAAAUUUGCACAAGGCAGAUUCACAAUAUUCCAUACCAGCUGAAAUUAAUUCAUUUAUACCAAUUCUAGGACCUCUUCACGUUUCUUUAAAUAGCAGGGAGCAUGUGUUAAUUAUAUAUUAUACAUUUUUUCAAAAGCUAUUUCAUACUGUAUUUGGCAAAAAAAAAGUAUUAGCAAAAAAACCAAAACCAUGGCGCAUUAAUUUACUACUUGAUUUAACUUACAACGGGUGGUAUGAACGAAACCAUUGUGAACUUAAAGAUACUUUUGAAAAAACAAAAGCAUAUCCUUACAAGCCAUCAUCAUUAAAACUGUUGACAGAUAAAACAGCAUUAUUUUUAUUAGAUUAUUUCCAAGAAAUUUUUAAGAAUCAAGGAAAAAGUAAAUCAAUUAAAUUAAAAAAAAAAAAAACAUUACAAUACGAAUUAUUUACCUUAAGAGAAACUGUUGAUCCGAAGUGUCUUCCAACAGGUUAUAGUGCCAAUAUACCUCCAUCACCAGAUGCUUGUGAUCAUUGCCGCAAAAAACUUGAUGAUGGCGAAGUGUUGAUCUGUGGACAUGGAUAUCAUUUUGAAUGUUAUCAAAUGAUGGAAUACGGUUGUCGUCAUUGUGAAGAAUAUUAUAAACGCGGAAUUUAUAGCAAUGUGAACUCUUUUUUAGAACGAUUAGAAAGGGGUCCAAAUGUUCUUACUUCAGAAGAAAAGGAUGAAGAAGUUCCGGUAGAAGAAAAUGAAACAGUGGAAGAAAUAGAAACAAAUAAAAGCCAUGAAAUACAUACAAAAUUUUUAAAUGCACUUAAUAGCGUUAAUACUUGGUAA